AUGCUGAACCGGUUUCGUUCAAGAAAGAUGCCUUCUUCCCCAUCCCUCCUUCAACGAUUUCACACGAUCUUCAAGCGCCUAGGAAAAAAUCAAUCAAAUGAGUGGAAUUUACCACUUCCUCCAGAGCUAAUGUGUCACAUCAUCGACUCCUACCUUGCCACAUCCACGAUCAUACCUUUGUACCUCGCCUUCCCAGUUCUCCGGCCAUAUUGUCAUUCACGACACAUCACCAUCUACAUUCGCGAAGCCUGGAAACCCCAUCAAACGAUCUACUUCAAGAUCGGAAUAUCCAAAUGUCCUCCUACCCGAGAACAAGACGACUCCAUGUUCCUUUCGACUCUAGAUGACAUUGGCUAUGCGGGCACGAAAAAAAAUCGCGGCUUCCUGUCCCUGGUUAGCGAUCUAACGCACGAUCUCAUAUCAAUCGAACUGGACAUCACAGUACGAUGGGAAAAGCUUGACGAAUACGUGCAAGGCUACAUCUUUGCUCUUCUACAACGCACCGGCUUAUGCUCAGUCAAGCUGGAAUACUGUGAUAUUCCCGUAGACCUAUUGAGUGUGGUACAAAAUCUCAAAACACUCGACGUCGAUAUGUCUUUGGGACGUCCCGACUACGUUUCUUUGUCGGGAGAAAGAGAAAAGGUGUACGUGGAAGAAGUUCGUCUCCGUGGAGGUCUCCCGUAUUGCCUCAUCGGCGCAGGGACGCCGUUUGACUGGUCCAGAUUGAGGGUGAUUGAUUAUUACGGAUAUCACAAUGGGCCACAACCGUUACUUCAGUUGUGUUCCUCCUCUCUUCAAAUGUUACACCUUGAGUUUUACGAUGAAGACGCAUAUAUCAACCUCGGCGUUCUUACCGACCUCCGUCACCUCACAUUGUCUAUCAGUCUUUCCUACACUGUCGAACAGACAGCGUAUACCAAUCCUGGAACCUACUCCUCAAUUGCGCCGUUUCUUUGCAUCCCCUACAUAUUGGCGUCCUGCAACGGACACACUAGUCCUUAUACUGCGUACGGUUGA